CUGUGCCCGCCGCCGGGCAGCCGCGGGAAGCCAGAGCGGGUACCAGCCUGGAGCGGGUACCAGCCUGGAGCGGGGGAUGGAGCGGCGCCGGAGGAAGUGAGCUCACCCGGGAAGGAAGGCAAGCAAGGAGGCCGGGCUGCGCGCCUUCCAUGCCCCACGCGCGGAGUGGGGAGGCCAAGAAGCUGCAAGCUCCCCACCCGCGGCCUCGGCCCUCCAAGGAGGCCCGUUUGCCCAGGGCCUCAGAUGCAGCUGACUCUCUGGGACUGGCACGGUUGGUCCUUGGUGCUCCCUGGGAGCAGGAGCGCCAGGUGUGGCUUUGGAGCUUCGGGCCUGGGGAUGGAGGUUGGAGAUUGGCUUCCCACGGAGACUCCCACUGUCUGGAACCCAAAACCCAAGACCACCAAGCAGGAAAUGCAAAGGAGAGCAAGAAACUGUGGAGAGAGGGGACGGGGACGGCAACAGGAAAGAAGAAUUGCCCACCACUUUUGAAGGGCGUGCGGAAUUUUGCCCCGGAGUUCCCACAACGCAUUCUGACUUUCCUCGAUGUGCUUCCUAGAACCCAUUUUCCUUCUUCUUACCCUGAAGGUUUUUUGUUUGUUUGUUUGUUUUGUUUGCCUGGGAACCGCACGCUUGCAUACUCCUGCAAGCCUUACCCUUUGGCAGUGGAAGGGGAAAUCGGCAGCCAGCAGGAGACUUGGGGUGGGGAAAGAAAGCUCUGGCGGCGCCGGGGGUCCAGUCUAAGGCACUCCCCUCGCGGCUACCGCAGGAGCAGGCUUGAGCCGCCGCCCGCCCGAGGCUGAGCCCCUGGGCUGCUGGCCACAGGGUUGAUCUGGGCCAGAGUGAUCACACUGCAUUUAUUAACGACCAGAGAGAUUUCUUAAGCCAAAUCCCCAAAGAGAGGGAUCCAAAUGAGUAAAACAGUUGCAGCUCCGGCUCCGGCCAAAGCUGCGAGUUGGAGAAUCCCGCCCGUUGACAGAGUCGCUGCUUCUCGGGCGUCCCUCCCCCCCCCCCCCCGGUUGUAGGACCAGGUGAUGCCAGUUUAGGUGGGCUCCUCCGCGCUCUGGGGCUUGCGGUCGUGCGCCGCUGGAUGGUAAUUAUUGGAACUAUUAGACCAUGCUACAACCGGCUGUGGAAAUUGGAAGACACUUCUGGCGUACUUCAGAAAACAUUACUGCGCUCUUUUCUCCCGCAGCAGAUUUAGUCUAAGUCUCUCCUGUCCUGAUAAUGACACUGCCUUAAAAGCCGUCAGCUGGGUGGACAGAUUGGCCAUUCCUGUAGAACUGGAAACCUCUGUAAGAGUCGCUCGCCCAUCCGGCUGGGUGGCAAUCGGUGGAUGUGAUCAGGGGUUGCACACUUUGGUUUCUGGACUGACUUGUGCCCUCCUCGUCUUUGCAGUUACAAAACCGGAGUAUUAAAGUGCCGCCUGUGGACCGCGGGCUAUCCUCACCGAUGUGUGGUUUCUUCAAGUUUUCAGGGAACCCCCCCACCCCCACCCCCCGCCGCCGCCUCUCCAGUGAGACUGUGGCCUGCCCGACCUUCCCCAGUUCCCCUUGCCUUCCCCGCCCCUGCGACCCUUGACUAGGAAUUGUAGUCCUUUCCCUGGGAUCUCACUAGCGUGUUCUCAAACCUGCCUCCAAAUACAUUUCCCCAACCUUGUUGGGCAAGGUUUUCAUCUUCGAAGAAGCCCACGUUCUGCUCCCCCAACCCCAGGCUGGUCCCUGGAAGUUAGGCGCACAGAUUUCUCUUCCCUGCGGGUCUUCCAGGUCAGUCGCAAAUGCAUGACUAGGGAAUCUGAGAUGGAGAGAGAUCUGGAGUUGAGUUGAGAUCAGGAAGCAAGUGGUGGAGACCCCUCGGGAGCCCAGGGCUGCACCCAGAAACGCAGGCCAGGUAUCAAUACUUAGGUCAGAGUCCAGCCUCCCCUCCCCCAGCCCUCGCUGGUGGCGAAGAGUUCAAAGUCACAGGUAUUGCUCCCUUUUGAUGCUUCAUAAGGAGUUCUUCUUUGAACCCCAGGCCUCCUUUUUAUUUAUUUAUUUUCUCUUGGUAAGGAAAGUAAGCAUCUUGUUUAUAUUUCCAUAGUGGUCAGGCCCUAAUUACGCAUGAUUCCAGCGACGUGACUGCUGCAGCCGGAAGGCGCCGGCCUCAGAAGACGCCUGGAACUUCACAUAGAUUUUUUUUUUCUUUUUUAAAGUGUAGACCAUUUGCGGAGGGUCAAGAACUGACAGGCUGAUGGUUGGAAAGACGACAGCCAGGAUUCCCCAUUUUGAAAAAACAAAACAAAACAAACAAACAAACAAAAAACCACCUUGGUGAUACCUGCAGUGGAAGAAGCCCUAGAAGGCAGUCCAUCCCUGAGCUCGCCCCUGCCUCUGCGAUGGUCUCGGCCUCAAGGACAGCUCCCUAGGUCCACAUCUGGUCAGUACCACCAUUCAACCAGAGCCCAGUAAAAUCUCCUGAACAUGUAAGACGCGAAGAGAGUGAAGGAGGGAACCAGGCAACGGAACAUCGAAAACAUCUUUCUGGUCACGUGAACUUUACUGCAGAUCUGGAAGUUAAUCUAAAGGCUGCCAAAAAAACUUCUGACUCUGCUGCUUCAAAUGCUGACUGUUUCUCACACCUCACCACCCGCUAUGGAGUCUGCUGACUUGGGGAUAUUCAGAUUUCCUAUUCUCUUUCCAGCUUCUACCCCCACCUGGCUGGUUGCAUUUGGAGAUGAUUUUCCUUUCUUCAGCUCACCAGACCAUGUGGCUCCCAUGCUUACCUGGGCUGGUGGUUUCCCCAUCCGCUCUCCAUGAGGGAGGAAUUCCAAAUCUCCUCUUGCAAAGGGAAAGCCAGGUUGAGGAAAGGUCAAAAAAAAGGAAGCCAAGCCGGAGGUCCAGGCAUACAGUAUUGUAUUCUCUGUGUGCCUUUGAUUUAUUCCAGAAAAAAAGUAUCAGGAAAAAAAAAAAAAAAGCAUUUGAAUGGGUGCCCUCCCGCCCGCCCUUCCAUAACUAACUCCCAGGCCUGAACCAGGCUCAUACACUGGAAAACCUGACCUUGCUUCCCUAUAAGGCCUGACCAAGAUCUGAGUACAUGGUAGGCUACCACAGUGAUCCUGGUUGACAAAUUGAAGUUCCGAGGAGAAGGAACAAUUAUUGUUAUUAUGGAGGGAACAGAAGCUAACGUUCACGAGUGCCCAUCAAUUUUUGUGCAGUUCAUUUCAUGGUCGCGGAAGAGAAUGAAAUUAUCUCAGGAGGACCCUCUCCCACCUUCCACCUGAUGCCUCCCCAAACAGCUGAAUAACCAGAUCUUCCUGAGUAAUCCACACCUAGGUAUCGAGGGACCCACUCUGGCUGACUGGUUUAACUGACAGGACAUUUCUGUGACCCCUGUGCGCAUUUCCUGACUCCCUAGAGGUCAGAGUGAGCAGGGCCCGUGGGUCCCGGUCCAAGCAUCAUCCAAACGUCUAGGAAUGGGGCUUCUCUGGAGGCCUGUGUAUAGAAAGAUCAUCCAUGUUGGACCCAGUGAUUUUACUCUGUGUAAAGACAGUCCAAGAUAUGCCCCAGCGAGGAAGCGAGCAGCUACAGGAAGGCUGGUGGAAUGUCCUGGCUGUGCACCUCGUGGGCAGGAUAUGUCCAAGAGCAUAAAAUGCUUGAGCGAUGGAGGAGCUUCUUCAGGAUUAAAGGAUGUUCUGGUGUCGCCCACCGGGACAGUAUUGUGCCACCAUGGUUACCAAGCCCUUGAGAGCAAAGUCCUUCACGAUGUGCGAUACUCUAAACCACAACUCUGAGGCUACGCAGGGUGGUGCACACAGCCCGGAAGUGCUUGCUGAGACCCGGAAGCACCUGGAGCUGGCUGCCCUCCUUCCCAGGAGACCUGGGCUAUCGGAAUGUGUACAGCCGUGUUUGUGAUCCCCUGCAGCUCCUGCCCACCCACUCCUGGAAUCUACACUGGCUGAUCGAGGGAAGGGAAAUGGCAACCACACGUGGGAGUUAGUCUUUGGUUUUAGUUAAGCUGCCGUUCUGCCCUGCAGUGGGAUAGAACGAUGCCAUUGGAAAGAAGAAUUUAUAAUAGGAGCCCGAUGACUGAAAAACUCACCAUGCGUUAUAGAGUAGAUGUACUAGAGAUCUUCGGGUGGGAUUCAUAAUUCCACACAUAAUAAAACGUCCCCUAUA